AUGAAAGCCAUUAUCAUAGUGCUCUUGUUGUGCCUUUUGGCAUUUUUCUUUACAAUCUCCACAGCAAUAGACACAAUAAGUGCCACUAAAUCACUUAAAGAUGGUGAGUCCAUAGUUUCACCCGGUGGAAUCUUCGAGCUCGGGUUCUUUAGCCCCGGUAGGUCCAAGAACAGGUACUUAGGAAUAUGGUACAAGAAAGUAGGAACCGGGACAGUUGUUUGGGUUGCUAACAGGGAUGUGCCACUCAAGGAUUCAUCCGGGGUUCUGCAAUUUUCUAGGCAGGGAAUUCUUUCCCUUGUGAAUAAGGAUAAAAUUGCCAUUUGGUCCUCGAAUUCAUCCAUAACUGCAACCAGUCCCGUUGCGCAGCUUUUGGAUACAGGAAAUCUAGUAGUGAAGAAUGAAGAAGACAAUGAGCCAGAGAAUUACUUGUGGCAAAGUUUUGAUUAUCCGGGCGAUACGCUUCUUCCAGGCAUGAAAUAUGGAGUGAAUUUUGUUACCGGCCUGAACCGGGGCUUGACGUCAUGGAAGAGUGAUGAUGAUCCUUCUGAAGGUGAUUACAUAAAUAAACUUGAUCCUAAUGGUUUACCACAGUUUUUUCUAGAGAAAGGGUUAGCUAAGCAAUUCAGGUCAGGACCAUGGAAUGGCCUAAGGUUUAGUGGUAUGCCAAACUUGAAACCAAAUGGCAUAUACACGUAUGAAUUUGUUUUCACUCAGGAGGAAGUUUACUAUACUUAUAAUCUUGUCAGCAGCUCGGUUGUGUCGAGAUUGGUGUUGAUUCCCAACGGAAAUCUUCAGCGUUACACGUGGAUUGACCGAACAAAGGAUUGGAAACUAUACUUGACAGCACAAAUUGACGACUGUGACAGGUAUGCAACAUGUGGUGCAUAUGGUCGUUGCAAUAUCGACAACUCCCCUGCUUGUGGCUGCUUGGAGGGGUUUGUGCCUAAAUCACCGGAAGAAUGGUAUUCCGGAGAUUGGUCAAACGGAUGCAUAAGAAAAGCCCCGUUGGAAUGCAUGGAAGGAGAGGGAUUUCGACGAUACACCGGCAUUAAAUUGCCUGAUACAAGCCUGUCAUGGUAUAACAAGACCAUGAACCUCAAAGUGUGUGAGCAGGCAUGCCUGAAAAAUUGCUCUUGUACAGCUUAUGCUAAUUUGGACAUCAGAGAGGGAGGAAGUGGGUGCAUACUUUGGUUCAAAGAGCUUUUUGAUGUUAGACAAUAUGCUGAUUCCAGUCAAGACAUAUACAUUAGGAUGGCUAAAUCCGACUUGGCUACAUAUAGAAGUUCGAAAGGGAAGAGAGUUACAGGAACCAUAAUAAUACCUAUAGUAACUAUAGGAAUGGCAAUAAUAAGCCUAUUAGCAUUGUGGCAUGUCUUGAAGAGGAGGCAGAAGGGGAACCGACAGCAAGACUCAACCGAUGAAUUAAUUCGAAAUGAAGACCUACACUUAUUUGGCUUUAACGUGAUAGUAGAAGCUACAAAUAACUUCUCAAAUGACAAUAAACUUGGACAAGGUGGUUUUGGACCAGUCUACAAGGGGAAGCUAAAGGAUGGACAAGAAAUUGCUGUGAAGAGACUCUCGAAAAAUUCAAGGCAAGGGUUAGAUGAGUUCAAGAAUGAAGUGUUCUGCAUUGCCAAACUUCAGCACCGAAACCUAGUGAAGCUCUUAGGUUGUUGCAUAGAAGCCGAAGAAAGGAUGCUGAUAUACGAAUACAUGCCGAACAAAAGCUUAAACUUGUUCAUCUUCGAUGAAAAGCAGAGUGUACUUGUGGACUGGCCUAAGCGGUUUCACAUUAUCAAUGGAAUUGCUCGGGGUUUACUAUAUCUUCAUCAAGAUUCUAGAUUGAGGAUUGUCCAUAGAGAUCUAAAAGCUAGCAAUGUCUUGUUAGACCAAGAAAUGAAUCCGAAAAUUUCAGAUUUUGGCAUGGCUAGAGGUUUUAGAGGAGAUGAAACUGAAGCAAAUACAAGCAGAGUAGUUGGAACAUACGGUUACAUGUCUCCUGAGUACACAAUCGACGGGAUCUUCUCAUUGAAAUCCGAUGUUUUUAGCUUUGGUGUGUUGGUUCCUGAAAUAGUAAGUGGAAAGAAGAACAGAGGAUUUCGCCAUGCACACCACAAGCUUAACCUUCUAGGACACGCAUGGAUGCUACACAAAGAGGGAAAAUCUUUGGAAUUAAUAGACAAAUUUGUGAAGGACUCAUGUAAUGAAGCUCAAGCGCUGAGAUCAAUUCAUGUGGCUUUGUUAUGCGUGCAACGUAGCCCGGGUGACAGGCCAAGCAUGUCAAAUGUGGUUCUGAUGUUAAGUAGUGAGAUCGCUUUGCCGACGCCGAAAGAGCCGGGUUUUUUCACUGAAAGGCAUCUGUCUGACACAGAUUCUUCAUCAACCAAGCAUGAGCAGCCUUCUACAAUCAACAGAGUAACCAUUACAGUGCUAGAAGCUCGAUGA